AUGGGAGUACCGAAGUACUUUCUUGGAGUUGAAAUGGCUACUCAUCCUGAUGGAGUCUUUUUUCACCAGAAUACGUAUGUAAAGGAGAUUCUUAAUGUUGCAGCCAUGACAAACUGCAAUCCUAUGCCUACACCACUUCCUCAACGUAUUGAGGAUCUUGAUCCUCGACUGUUCCCGGAGCCCACAUACUUUUGGAGUCUUGCUGGCAAGUUACAAUACUUGACAAUCACCAGACCGGACAUCCAAUACGCUGUGAACCUUAUAUGUCAAAUAAUGCAUGCUCCAACCAUGGCUGACUUCUGUUUACUCAAGAGGAUCUUACGGUAUCUCAAAGGAACACAACACCUUGGUUUACACAUCAGGAAGGAUUCAAACCUCUCCCUCUUGGCUUAUUGUGACAGUGACUAG